AUGUUUUCGGGAUCCAUUUCUCACUUCUGCACAUUGUCCACUCAUUUUACCGCCACGGUCCUUGAUCUCUCAGAUAACCAAUUGACAGGAGAGCUUCCCGAUUGCUGGAUCUUCACAGGCUUUUUAGAACUUCUCAAUUUGGCAAAUAAUAAGUUCUCAGGUGAAAUCCCCCCAAGUUUGGGCUCGCUGUUUCGACUAAAGAUGUUACAUUUGCGAAAUAAUAAUUUAAUUGGCGAACUACCUUCCUCUUUGAAGAACUGCAGAGAGUUGCGCAUGCUUGAUGUGGGAGGAAACAAGUUAACAGGUACUAUUCCACAAUGGAUAGGAACUGACGUAGCAAAUUUGAAAGUUCUUAGCCUUCGAUUUAAUAAAUUUCAUGGAAACAUACAUCCUAGAAUUUGCCACCUUGCCGAUAUUCAAAUCUUGGACUUUUCAAGGAAUAAUAUAUCGGGGAAAAUUCCCGAUUGUUUCAACAAUUUCACUUCUCUUGUUCAAAAGGGUAAUUCAACUGAAAGCACUAGAUUUUAUUUAUAUCCCAUUUCCGGAAAUCACUUUGAGCGUGUACCUUACAUUGAUACUUAUGCUGACAAUGUUUUGGUUCACUGGAAAGGACGAGAGUCUGAAUAUAGAAAACUAGGAAUUUUGAAAGGGAUUGAUCUUUCUAGCAAUAAGUUAGUUGGAACUAUACCUCAUCACUUUUCUGACAUGAGGGGUUUAGUUUUCUUGAACUUAUCAAGAAACCAUUUGACGGGAAGUAUCAUAUCAAGCAUUGGUCAAAUGGAGAUGUUGGAAUGGCUUGACUUGUCUAGAAAUGAGCUUUCUGGGAAGAUCCCGAACAGCCUUGCUGAAUUACAUUUCCUCAGCGUUUUGGACUUAUCAUACAAUAAUUUAACGGGAAUGAUUCCAUUAGGCACUCAACUACAGAGCUUCCACCCCUCAACGUAUGCUGGGAAUAGCCAACUCUGUGGGCUUCCUCUGGCGAAGUGUCCUAGUGAUCAUGGACAUGGCGGAAAGGGAAACAACAUUGAAGAAGAAGAAGAUGAUGAGUUUAUAAGUCGAGAUUUUUAUAUUUGCAUGGUAUUUGGUUUCAUUACUGGAUUCUGGGCAGUUCUUGUUACUCUGUUUCUCAAGCAUUCAUGGUGA